GUCCGGGUCGGAAAAGGACACGGUGUUUGUCGGUCGGCUGGUGGGCUGACGUCUGCUCCAAAGCUUCCGAGCGCGAGUUCUGGAGUUCUUACCGGAGUUGAAAGUUGACAACUAGAACCAAAGUUUACUGGAGGAUCUUCCGUCACUUUAAAGUUCAAGAUGUCGAAUAAGGAGAAGGACCUUGUAGCCCGCCUGCUGAAGCAGUCUAUAUUGACCCUAUGUAAGGAGACGGUGUCCUUCCGCCACAACCUCGAGGUUGAUGGUAUCAUCAGCAUCACACUAGAGAACGAAUCCCAACAGAUCGUCAUCAAAGUACAUGAGUUCUUUCAAAAGAUUCGGGACGAGUCGGCCGUACCGAACAAUGACAGUUUGUGUGACGAGGAUGGUUCAAUUGAGCGUUUUGAGAAACAACCCCGCGUCACCAAUAUCAUACAACGCAAGGGCUAUUCUGAAAACUUCCGGUCCCAGCAACUGCCCUCUGGUGACUCUAGUAACAGGUUACGUAGUCCUAACUCAGGCAAGUUCACAAAGACGGUGCAGAAAGCAUGGCCUGAUGGUUAUCCUGCUGUCGCCGACUCAGAACUUGCGCCACCAGGAGAUGGCGACAUGUCACCCCAAGAAACACCUUCUAGCAUGUCGUCCAGCAAUGAGUUUGGUAGCGCGCCCGUUGAUUCAGAACUAGAAGAGAUGGACGACGAUUAUGACGAGGAUGAGAAGAAGUUUGAUCCUCGACAACAAUCGGCGAGUAGAUCUUUAAUUUCUGGACACAGUGUUCCAUUGAGAAAGCCCAUUGUGCAUCGACUCAUGGCUCAAAAACUUGUAGCCAAUGCAAGAAAAAAUCCCAAGAUGAAUACAAGCUCGCGGCCGCUGACAAGUGACAAUCCUAAAGUUGUAAAUGUGAACACUACAACUAGUGUUACGUCUGUGGCGUCUCUUCCUGCAAAAAAUAUUCGCUGUAAACGAUGCGGAGAGGUCGCUUCUGAUGGACCGGCGUUCGUUCAUCACAACCUCAACGUACAUAAUGUUUUCACGUGCCAAAUUUGUUACAACACCUUUACCUGCAGAAAUAACAUGAAGCGCCAUAUCCGCUUGCACACAGGCUACAAGCCUUACCAAUGUUCUCUUUGUUCCGAAAGUUUCACCCGAAAGGAUGACAUCAAGCGGCACCUUAUACGUCACAACUACAGCAAACCUUUCCGAUGUAACUUGUGUGGGAAGGGAUACAUGGACCGCAAGACAAUCAAAACGCACAUGCGAAAAGAACACUUAAGGAAACUCGUCCAUGUUUGUCCAACAUGCGGUGAGAGUUUUGACGACGAUCAGAAAUUUCAGAUCCACAAGAAGGACCACCCAGAAUUGAAGGUUUUCCAAUGUUCAGUGUGUCACUUUACGGGAUCCAACUCCCUUAUGUACAACAAGCACCUUCUCACUCACGACCCAGCCAGGACCUUCGCGUGCAAAGCAUGUGACAUUGAUUUUAACGACCCAUUCAAGUACACCAACCACGUGAAGAGACAUCGCUACGAGACCGACUUUACGUCGUACCAUUGCUGCUUCUGCCGCCAAGUUUGUUCCACGUACGACCAGUUCAUAAAACACGAGCAUACGCACGCUCAAGCUAAGCGACACACGUGCACAAUUUGUUUGAAGCAGUUUCGAUACCCUUCAAAUCUUCGCGAACAUAUGGUCACACAUAGCAACUACUUCAUGCAUGGAGUGAAGGAGGAGAAUGCCCCCAUCAGCGUUCACAGUCAUUCAUCGGAAGAACCAAAUUCAGUAUCGAAACAGGAAGUAGCCGCGAUGUGCAUUGAUCAGACGGAUGUCGAAUACACGUCAGAUUUUAUCAAAGGGGAGGAAACUCUUGCUUCUGAUAGUUCAAGCCAAUACUGGUGUACAGAAUGUCAACAGGGAUUUGAGACCGAGGACAUACUAACGGAACACAUAACGAGAACACACGAGAUGUCGACAGAUGACUCGUCGCCCUACUCGGACGACGGAGAUACUAAAGAACACACAAAGGUUGGAACGUCUGACGAAUCUACUGCGCCCAAAACUACCACCACUGAUACGCCAGCAACAACAUGCCACACUGGUAGCCCUGGGCCAACUACUGACCAGACAUCUUUGUUGACUACUGUGACGAAAUCAUCUCGUAAAACGACGGUCAGGAUCAAACUUGGGGAUAGUACCUACCGUAGCGUUGUCGUCAAGCAGGAGCGAGACUCGGACUCGGACGAGAUGACCGUUGACAACUCUCAGUCGCCAGAGAACUUUAUUUCCAGAGUUGGUACUGCAUCACCUCACUCAUCAGUGACUUCACAACCGGAACAGGUUGACAAUGGUCCCGUUUUUCCACAGAAUGGGGACCUCGAGAAAAAGUUGGUCAUACAACCGUCGCCCUCUAUAAAGCUGAAUGUGCGUUCUCCUGGAUUUGAACGAGUCGUAACGCCUGUUUCUCUGUUUAAAAACGAGGAAUCAUUUACAUGUGACGUCUGUGGUGACGUGUCUACCGAUUUUGAAUCCUAUGAUAAACAUAAUAACGCGAUGCAUCGGCGCUUCUUGUGUGAGUACUGUGGCAAAACAUUUACGUCCAAACCUAACAGAGAUCGGCAUGUGCGCUAUCACACAGGGGAACGCCCAUUCAAGUGUGAACUGUGCACAAAGUCUUUCUUCCGGGGUGACGAUCUGAAAUACCACCGUACCACUAGGCAUGCCGAAGUGAAGCCUUUCUCGUGUACAAAGUGCGCCAUGACAUUCGCUUGGCACAACGACCUUGAGCGCCACCUGAAGACGCACAGAAAAUAAGGAAGAACUUGAGUGCGCUGACGUGGUCGUUUCUUCGUUUAAACUGUGUUCACCUUUUCCUUGUUUUCCGUUAGUGUUAUAUUAUGCAUGUGCCUGUGGGACUUUGUUGGUUUUAUUAACGAAAUCGUUUUUGCUAUUUAUCUAUGCUACAAGCUUUUUUUCACGCAAUUUUAUUAGAUAAUUGAUCAUAAAAUAUAUUUAACACCCGUGUGUGUAAUUUAUCUGAUUGCGAUGGUCAAUUAAUUUACUUGGUUUACUCGCAAGUCAAGAUUUUUCGUAAUUCAUUUGAGAAUUUUAGCGUUUCUCUCUAUGUUUAAGCUUUGCAGCACUCGCUAACUCUUAAGGUAUACAUACAGCAUUCACUUUGUCGUAUAAGGUGUACAGUACUCGCUAUGACUAAGGUGUGCAGUACUCGCUAUGUCUAAGGUGUACAGUACUCGCUAUGACUAAGGUGUACAGUACUCGCUAUGUCUAAGGUGUACAGUACUCGCUAUGACUAAGGUGUGCAGUACUCGCUAUGACUAAGGUGUGCAGUACUCGCUAUGCCUAAGGUGUACAGUACUCGCUAUGUCUAAGGUGUACAGUACGCGCUAUGACUAAGGUGUAUAGUACUCGCUAUGACUAAGGUGUACAGUACUCGCUAUGUCUAAGGUGUACAGUACUCGCUCUGCCUAAGGUGUAUAGUACUCGCUUUUUCUAAAAUGAAAGUAUUCAUAAUGUCUAAAAGAUACAGUACCAGUAGAGGCUAUGUCGAAGGUGUACAGUACUCGCUAUGUCUAAGGUGUACAGUACUCGCUAUGUCUAAGGUGUACAGUACUCGCUAUGACUAAGGUGUACAGUACACGCUAUCACUAAGUUUUGCAGUACUUGCUAUGACUAAGUUGUACAGUACUCGCUAUGACUGAGGUGUACCGUACUCGCUAUAUCUAAGGUGUACAGUCCUCGCUAUGUCUAAGGUGUACAGUACACGCUGUGACUAAGGUUUGCAGUACUCGCUAUGACUAAAGUGUACAGUACUCGCUAUGUCUAAGGUGUACAGUACUCGUUAUGACUGAGGUGUACAGUACUCGCUAUGACUAAGGUGUACAGUACUCGCUAUGACUAAGGUGUACAGUAUUCGCUAUGACAAAGGUGCACAGUACUCGCUAUGUCUAAGGUGUACAGUACUCGCUAUGACUAAGGUGUACAGUACUCGCUAUGACUAUGGUGUACAGUACUCGCUAUGACUAGGGUGUACAGUACUCGCUAUGACUAAGGUGUACAGAACUCGCUAUGACUAAGGUGUACAGUACUCGCUAUGACUAAGGUGUACAGUACUCGCUAUGACUAAGGUGUACAGUACUCGCUAUGACUAAGGUGUACAGUACUCGCUAUGACUAAGGUGUACAGUACUCGCUAUGACUAAGGUGUACAGUACUCGCUAUGACUAAGGUGUACAGUACUCUCAUUGUCUUGUUAACAGAAGUGAUAAGAUUUACUUUAGUUCCAUUGCGAUGUUUAGGGUUUACUGGCGUUACCAUCAUUCACUCGAUAUUUUCUGAGUUUCACAAUUCAAUUAUGACGAUAUUCACGCCUUGUAAAUUUGAUUCACGCUGUUUAGUCUUCCACGUCCGUCUUAUCCGUCUUAGUUCCCAAUAUGCUGUAUAAUCAGGAGACUUACAAUUAUUGUCUGCCAUUAGUAUAUAUUAUAAAUGUUUUGUUGACUGGUUGAUUGUGGUACAAGGCAUGUGACAUAUUUACGUGUAGACCUAUUUCCGAGCAAGUGUGCCUUACUGAGAGAUUAAUGAACUGUAUUUUUAUAUUUCUAUAUUUGUCAAGUGAUUUUGUAUUCAGCCAUGUUUUUCCUGUUUGAGGAUUUCAGCUAUAUCUUCUUUUCACAUUUCCAUUAAAUCUAAAAUCGGAAGAAAUACAACGAACCACCGUGAGUAUAUAGACACCCAGAGUUACGUGUAUACGACGAUUAAUAAGCAGAGUGCUGUGAUUUGAGUGUCACCAAUUUGAUUUGUGUUUUCAGUCAGGCAAUCAAUGUAUGUAUAUGUUUUCCAUGGCUUGUUGAAGUUUAUAUUAAAGAGCAGUUCACCCGA